AUGGCCACUCCGUUCAGGACGAAUAUCGUUGCUAAUAUCCUACGUAUUAUUCCCGUCAUUUUCAUCCCCUUUUCCUCGCCAUCACAGGCCGAUAAAGCAUACAAGAAGCGUGCACUUGGCAACGUCUAUAAAACCUCGCCGACAGGAGGCUCGUCCCACGCAAAAGGAAUUGUACUUGAAAAGGUUGGCGUAGAAGCCAAACAGCCCAACUCCGCCAUCCGAAAAUGCGUCCGUGUGCAACUCAUCAAGAACGGCAAGAAGGUGGCCGCGUUCGUCCCCAACGAUGGUUGCCUAAACUUUGUCGACGAAAACGACGAGGUCCUUAUCUCUGGUUUCGGUCGCAGCGGCAAAGCCAAGGGUGAUAUUCCCGGUGUGCGAUUCAAGGUUGUCAAAGUCUCGGGUGUCGGCCUACUUGCCCUCUGGAAGGAGAAGAAGGAGAAGCCCCGAUCGUAA